CACCCCCAGACUCGUUCCCCCUUCCCCGGGACUCAUCCCCACCCCCGGUGCCGGGCCCGCGGAAUGCCCGCGGCGCUGCCCUGGAUUGCGGGAGAUGCCCGUGUAGGAAACUCCAGGGGAGGGCUCUCAGAUAUCAACCUUAACUCUCCCAACAAAGGUCUGCUGGCCGAUGCCAUGACAGAUGUUCCCGUGGAUAACGCGGCCCGGAGCGCUGCGCCCGAGGGAUUGACCCUGGCCGAGGAGGAGGAGCUGAGAUCCGAGCUUGCCAAGGUUGAAGAAGAAAUUGGUACUCUCAGGCAAGUUCUGGCAGCUAAAGAGAGGCACUGUGGAGAGCUGAAGAGGAAGCUGGGUCUGACUCCCUUGGAUGGGUUAAAGCAAAACCUGUCCAAAAGCUGGCACGAUGUCCAAGUCUCCAACGCUUAUGUGAAAACAUCUGAGAAACUUGGAGAGUGGAAUGACAAAGUGACACAGUCUGACUUAUAUCUUUCAGCCAGCAGCACACUGGAGGACUGGAAUGAAAAAUUAACUCAAUCAGAAGCUUACAAGAAGACCCAGGAAACCCUUUCCCAGGCGGGACAGAAGACUUCAGCAGCCCUUUCCAAUGUAGGUUCUGUUAUCAGCAGGAAGCUUGGUGACAUGAGGGAAUUUCCUAUUCCACUGUGGCUGGCUCACUCCAUCUCGCAUUCCCUUAGCAGUUACUCCAUUCGCCACUCCAUAAGUAUGCCAGCCAUGAGGAAUUCUGCAACCUUCAAGUCCUUUGAAGAUAGAGUUGGGACCAUAAAGACUAGUAUUCGGGCAAAUGGCCUCUCAGAUAUGUGAAGUCUUGGCUACAAACAGAGUGGUGGGCAGCAGGGAAAACAGCACUGACGGCCUGCACUCCCCCUCGGGAGCUGGGGACAAGUCUCCACAAGACAACGCUCCUUUCUAGACCUGGAUGUGGCUUUGCACGGCUGUGCACAACUGGAAGAGCCCCCUCCCUCCCAAACCUUCACCACAGCAACAACAUGCCGAUCCAAGAAGGGGCUGAGAGCCAGUCAGGAGAGAUCCAUCCUUCAUUCAUAGACACUGCUGCUGGAUCCAAGUCAAAUAAAGAGAAUGCAAAGUUUUGUACACAAAUAAUAUUUUACACUAAAGUUUGUAGAUUAAAUGUAUCACUGCUGUCCUUUUGGGAGAGCGUGUAAGCUGGAGUUUCCUUAAAGUAGCUCAGAAAUGCAACUGCUAUAGAUAAAAACAGUUUCCCCUUGUCUGACAUAGCUUGGAGCAGAUCGUGGCCCUGAGAAGCACAAGGAGAGCAGUUACUGGAGAAGCCAAAUACAUGCUAAAGCACCUUAGCUUUAGCUUCUGGCUCCAUUCUCUGUGUGGGACAUGCCAUGCAGCUACUCUGGAUGCUCCCAGGCUUCUCCUGUUACUGUUUUCUCUGGCUCUCAUUGGAGCAGCCUGGUAAACGGGGUAAACAGUUGAUUUCUUUUUUUUUUCUGAGCUCCCAAAAGGGAAACUUCACUUAGCAGCUGCCUCGUUGUUACACUAAUGCUCUAGCUUUAACAAAACUAAGAAUCUUUAUUUUUAAAUGCAAUGAACUUUAAAGAAAUAAAGCUUAAAAACAGACAAAAAAAAAAAAAAAAGCUUUGGCAUCAUAUUAGGGCGAUGCUCCCUUGGACUCUGAAGCUGAAUUGCAAGCCUUACAUCACUUACGCUUUACUUGUUUAUGAUUUGUUUUCUGUAGAGAAGACUGCAAGGUUUCCAAAGCUGGUUGUUGAGCACUGGAGUUUUGCAUCAUGCAGUCAUAGCAGCAUGCUUAUAAAGCCAGUUCUUGUGUUAAAUUCAGUGGUGCACUCUGUUUCCCGAGUGUAUGAAACUUGCUUCUCCCUUCUCAGCUUAUGCCUUCGUUCUUGGAGGAGGAAUUUCUGGAGGCUGGAAUAUGGAUACCAUUGGAGGGACUCGACUCUGCUCUCCGAGGGCUCCUCCAGCUGGUACAUCUGGCUGUGACUGGAUGGGUUUCUCAGUUGAAAGCCCCAGCUCUAAUUUUGGUUUACAUAACUGGCAGAGAGUCAUGGAGCUCCCUCAGUCCCCCCAGGGACUGGAUGUUUUGCUCUUUUGAUGUCCAACUUCAUUGCUCAGGAGCUGACAAAUUCCAAGUUUUCUUCUAGAGGCCUGAUCUUAUUCUAGUGCCUCCACAUAGAAAUACCUAGAGUGAGCAAAUCUGUGCCUUAGAGGCGAAGUGGGACUUACUCAGGUCUUUAGACUUAUGUACAUAUCUGGGUAGUUUUAGUGGUUUAUCACCCGGGAGGGACUGAACUGUCUCUGACCCUUUAGAGAAGCAAGUUUUGACACUGAUGUGAUUAAUCUCCAUUUCCCCCACCCCUGCUCCCCUCCCUCUGCAGACCUGGGGAUGAAAUGUUAGUGGGCAGAUGUACUAGGCCAUAGGUGGAGUGUAGAGUGUCGUUCACUGGCGCUCCUUGUUUGACUGGAACUGGUCUCCCUUCGAGGAACGGAGCCAGUGAAACGGGGACUGCAGGAGCUUGGGUAUGGAGCUGUUUCUCUUUAAGAUAAAGAUUGAGGAAACUUGUCAAUAAAGGAUUCCUUUGGGAGAAAA